ACCCGUUCAUUUCUGUGUUCUUACCAAAGUUGGCGCAACACCGAAGGCUAUAAAAUACCGGAAGUUUUGCAUGUUGCAAUAAAGCUUUUAGCUUACCUUAACAGGGCAUUCAGAUUGCAUUUACAAAUUAUCCUACCCUAUGUUGUGCCAUUUAAAACCUGAUAGUCUAUAAGUUCGCCUGCUGAAGUUUGUCGUGUGAUUCAGACGAGCCUGCGGUAGUGCGGUAGUUGGUUAGCCAGCCAGCCAGCCUUUGUAGGAUACAUAACGGAUAGUGUCCUGAUGUUGUCACUACCCAUUUUGUCCUUGCUCCUAUGCCUGAGGUGGCACACCUGUGAUGGGGGAAAGGUGCUUGUUUAUCCAGUGGAGGGAAGCCAUUGGGUGAACAUGAAAAUCAUCAUUGAGGCUUUGCACUCUAAAGGACACAACAUCACAGUUCUGCGAUCAGACAAAAGCUGGUAUGUCAAGGAGAAUUCCUCAUUCUAUGACACCAUCACAAUUCCAGUAAGCGCUGCUUUGGACGAGGAAUUCAUUGUGAAAAUCAUUACAAGGACCAUUAAUAUCCAGAGGGGACAUGGUACUGGGUUUGCCUUCAUGACCUUGAUGGUUGAGAUGUUUAAGAGAAUGGUGGAGGCUCACGUCUUCUUAAAGGAGAUGAUAGUAAACAUACUUGAGAACCCAGAACUAAUCAAAAGCAUUCAGGGCAGUCACUAUGACAUAAUGCUCACAGAUCCCUGCUGGGGUGGUGGGACAGUGUUGGCCCAUUACCUCCAUCUUCCUCUUGUUUACAAUGUGCGCUGGUUGCCAGUAGGCGAGGGUCACUUUGCUAUUGCCCCUUCACCAGUGUCGUACAUCCCACUGACUGGAUCUGGGUUUUCAGACAAGAUGACAUUCAUUGAGAGGGUCAAAAACAUGCUUUACUAUGGUAUCAUGGUCAUCCAAGAUCGCUUGACUGUGAGGCCAGUAUACCAAGAGGUCUGUGAGAAGUACUUGGGUCCGCAGAGUGAUUUCUACAUGCUGAUGCAGUCCGCAGAUCUCUGGUUGAUGCGUGGUGAUUUUGUGUUUGAGUUCCCACGCCCCACUAUGCCCAAUGUUGUUUACAUGGGUGGGUUCCAGUGUAAACCAGCAAAGCCACUUCCUCAGGACCUGGAGGACUUUGUUCAGAGCUCUGGAGAACAUGGAGUCAUCAUCAUGUCUUUAGGGACAUUUGUCAGGGAAAUUCCAAGUGACAUUAGUGAAGAUAUAGCAGCAGCUUUUGCUGAGCUCCCCCAGAAAGUAAUUUGGAGGUAUACUGGAGAGAGACCAUCCACCCUGGGCAACAACACCCUACUAGUAGAGUGGAUGCCACAGAAUGAUCUUCUGGGGCAUCCCAAAAUUAAGCUUUUUGUGGCCCAUGGAGGAACAAAUGGAGUACAGGAAGCUAUUUACCAUGGUGUUCCAGUUGUGGGUAUACCUUUGUUUUUUGACCAGUAUGACAAUCUUCUUAGGCUGAAAGUAAGAGGUGGAGCAUCAAUACUCUCUGUUGCAACACUAGAUAAAGACAUCUUCCUCCAGGCUUUGCAGGAGGUGCUCCAUGAGCCGUCCUACAGGGACAACAUGCAGAGGCUCUCCAGGCUGCACAGGGACCAGCCAAUGCAGCCCCUGGACCGGGCCAUGUUCUGGAUUGAGUUUGUUAUGAGACACAAAGGUGCUGCUCACCUGCGCACAGAGUCCUACAAGAUGCCCUGGUACUCCUACCACUUUGUGGAUGUGGUGGUGUUCUUACUUGCAGUCUUGGUUACUUUCGUGGCUUGUUUUGUUUUUGGAAUUAAGUUUCUGUGCACCAGGAUUUGUUGUAAACGCAAGUCAAAACAAGAAUAACAACUUGUCUUACGUCACUGAUGCAAAAGAAAACAUAAUAGGGGAGUUGUCUGAUUAUGUUGAAUACCAUGUAGAACAAUGUUAAGAUUAACUCUAAUUGUGUAUUAAUUUCAUGAAUGACAAAACACUUGAGGGGUUUUAAGCAUCUACUGAAAUACUGGAGUGAAAUCAGAAUGAUAUUUGUGCUUUCACAGAGGAGGUGAUCUAGAUUGUGAGAUUGUGAUUGUGUCUGAAUUGUGUCUUGACCACCUUUGUGGCUGCUUCUGUUUUUGGAAUUCAAUUUCUGUGUAAAAGGAUUUGUUUUAAGCACAAGUCAAAACAUGACUAAUUUAAAUUACUAGUAUGAAUAUUUGUAUUGCGGUUUCCUUUAUCAUUUUGACCUGUGUAUAAUGUAUGCAGCCCAGGAGUUGUAAUUGCAAGAUAAUUUGUUUAUAGACAUUGUGUGGUUAUUUUAGUACAUUGUGUGCACUCAUUUUAUGAAAUUGUGGUCUCACUUUAGAUUGUGCGCACAAUUUAGUAUAUUUUGUGCUCAUUUUAACAUUGUGCUCUCCUUUUACUAAAUUGCAGUGUGUUGAAUUCAAUAAAUAGGCUUAGGAAUUACCCUGGGGUAAAAUAGGGUAUAACUUUACUAGAUUCACUUAGCAUGGAAGUGUAUUUGCAAAUGUCGGAAUUACCACACUAUGCUAGAAUAUUUAUAAGCUAUUGCAGAUAGCCUUGAGACCAGACUCUCUUCUUUGCUGAAUGGGCGGAGAUAUGCUUGCCGGAGUAAACUAAGCUGAAUCAAGCUUUACCAGACGGAGUAUGAAGACGGCAACUUUAUUCACGGUAUCAGAGAUGUGUUACCCCACGUAAAAUAUCAAGUAACAAAGCCCCAUCUCUGUGUCUGAAGUUAGUUCUUAUACAUGUAACCUUGCCAUAAUGAGUUACCAAAAUACAA